AUGGCUGAAAGAGAGAGGAAGAAUGCGGCUGUGUAUCGCAGCGUCUCUUUCAAAAAGUUGGGGUCCUGGAGCGCCAGCAGGAGUGAAGACCAACAACACAAAUCAGAGGAUUUGGAGGCAGCUGGCGUCGCCCUUCCCCCGGAGCCCAGCAAAGCGGAGCAACCUUUAGCGACGCGUAAUGUCAGCGUGUCAAGAAAAGUUUCCAAAAUCUGUGCCACCACCAACGCCGCCGGCCUCCCAACCGCAGAUUCAAAGAGAGGCUCCUCCGCUUCUCUCUCCUCUAUUUCUCCAUCCAUUCGCCAGCUCACAGAGAAGUUCAGCAGCAGUGGCUCCGCCGGGACGCGCAGAGGCUCACCGGGAGACGGCGCAGCGGUGACGAGGGGGAGCAGCACUCUUCCCCGGGCCAGGGGCUCCAGGAGAGACGGGUCUGCGUCUCGUAAAUCUUUUCACGAAGAAGGCGGCGGUGGUGGAUAUUUACAGGAUAGCGACACGACUACUGCGGAGUCUCUCACAGACAACAAAGUGCAAAAGUUUCUCUCUGGCACUGACUCUGUUUCAGGCUCCGACUCGGAGAGGAAGAGUGAGAAGCGGUUUUUUACACGUUUAUCCACCGACAGCAGCAGCAACAACUCUGGUAAGAGAGAUUAUUCACAGAUCAAUGCAUGUCCCUCUGAUCCCAGGAAGACUCUGACUACAGACGAAGAAGAGGAUGUUGCUAGUAGAGGGGUUCCUCCACCCUGUAAGUCUCACAGAAGUUAUUUUACACACCAUAGUGACUUUAUUCCCCUGCACCCUGACAAGUGGCCCAGUGUCACCAAAAUUAGACAGAUUUUUGAUGAGAGACAAAGCAAAGCUACGCUGAAGACUGACGCUGAGAAUUUAAAAGCGUCCGGCAGAGGCCAUCCACAGGACCUCAGCCAGAGUGAGAGUGCUCCUCUCUCGGAUAGAAGUGACAAAGUCUCACCUUGCAGCUCAGCUAAUGAAGCCAGUAGCCGGUCUUUGCAUGGAAAAUACACAGUAGAAGCACAAAGCAGAGGAAGCAGUACUGGUAAAGAGACUUUUUGUUACGGUAUGGACUUUUAUUCCAAAGCUGACCACCAGCAGUACUCAAAUGAUGAAGAGGCACACAUAGAGACACACAGUUCAAAUAACAACAAAGUUAUUGGCAGAAAUACUGUUCAAAGCAGAAGCAGUUGCAGUCGCACUGGGGGUAGUCACUACCACAGGAUUAACCCAUCUUCUUACAGAUCUCAUAGUCCCAGCACUGAGGCAGAGGGUGCCCAUAAGACCCCCAGAACGACAGGGCUGACAUCUGACCCCAGCCCUGACCUUCAACCCCCUGCUACUUCGUCUUGGAGUCGAUCGCAGGGCUUAGACACCUCCUCCCGCUCCUCCUCUCCUCAGCAGCCGACAGUGAGGGAGAGAAGGGAUAGACAGGGGGUCGGGCUGCCCAGGGAUAGUUUACAUUCCUCACAUAGCUCCUCUAGAGCGCCAGCCCCCACCUCCUCCUCCCCCUCUUCUGCUCCAGCUCCAGAUAAAGCCAUUACCUCCUCCUCCUCCUCUACUGUAGCUCCCUCCACUGAGCUAAGAGCCCCAGCAAGAGUUGCCUAUCCCCUCCGCUCCCGCUGGAGGUUUAGCUCUGGAGACGAAGAGGAGGAGCACACCAGGAGAAAAAGAGGAGGUGGAGGUGGUUGGAGUGUUCCUUCCGGCCCUGCUCCUUCCAUCUUCUACAGAGCAGGAGAGAGGGGCACCACAGAGCGAGGGGGCAGCUAUUUAUCCCGCAGUAAAAAUGGCUGGUGGGGUGCUAAGGGCAUUGGUAGGUCCUCAGGCAGUGAAGAGGACAGCCCUGGUUCCUUAGGCCCUCACAGUCGAGAGGCAGUGCGCCGCCGUUCACUGAGAAAGAAGAAGAAGGUCAGUGGAGCUGCUCUAGCAACAGGCCGUGAUGAUUAUGAUGAUCAUGAUGGCGAAUCAGAAGACAGCGACAGUGACACAGCCUUGACAAUGGACCACUUAGAGAGGCACCAGCAGCAUAACACAGGAGGAACAGCAUCUCGGAGCCACUCUGCAAGAGAACCCGGCAAUCACAGUAACAGAGCCAGGGUCCAGCAAUGGGAGCGCAUCUCCUCACCUGUGACUUCCACGACACUUCCUGGAGUAUCACGAGUGUCAAAGGUCAAUAUUCCCCCAUUUGCUUCCAGUCCUGGUGGUUCUCGUUGCAGCAGCCGAUACUCUAGCACUGAAACGCUAAAAGAGUUGGACCAGGCUAGUUGUGCCAGCCCUGCAGCAAAUAAUAGAACUACUUCCUCGUCCAUGCUGAGUAAAACGUACCAUGGGAAUUUCACCAUGUACCGAUCCCCAAGCUUUGGCCAUGGGGAUAACUUCUCCCGUAACCCUGUGCGGGUGCGCCCCAAGAUUGUGCCUACCGUCACCCCCUUACCUAGUGUACUUGCCAGAGAAAGUGGGGCAUCUACAGGGGUUAGGGGUAGUGAGGCUGUGGCAUUAAGGACAACAUCAGGUGGGGAUAAGGUAGAUGAUAAUGAUAAAAACCGAAUAUCCAUGUCCAACCCCGAUAUCACCUCAGAAACAAUGUCACUCUUAAGCUUUCUGAAAUCUGACCUGUCAGAGCUCAAGGUGCGCAAAACAAGUGGAGACAAAUCUGGGGUUGUUGAGGGGUCAUCGGUUUACAGGAUGGGCUCACGGACUCAUGGCGGGACACUUUUGCCUUCUGGUCGUCGCCCAUCCCUGAAAGACCUGACCGCCACCCUGCGGCGUGCAAAAUCCUUCACUUAUUCAGACAAACCCACAACAGCUGUUAGGUGUUACUUGACAGGUGGCACCACAAAGAGGAGCUCCUCUGAGCAGCAGCUUGACUUUGAUGGAGAGAGGGAUGGAGGGAGGGUGUCUGUGUCAGAUAGGGAAGUAGAAAGUGAUGGGGGUGAUUUUAGGGUUGGGAGAGGACAAAGAAUAAGGGACUAUAGAUUUGAUGAUGAUGAUGAAGUGAUGCCUCCAUUGCAGGAGAGGUAUGUGCAGGAAGCCAGGAAGGUCAUUCAAGAUAUCUGCCAGAUGAGUACUAGGGAAGAUGAUGAUGAUGUAGAUUUAAGGAGAACUGAUGAUGAUUUGGAGGAUGAAUGUUUCCAGGUCAAGAAAACAAACGAGGAGAAGGAUAAAGCAGCAGUAAGCAUUAAGAAUGAGGCAAGCACAGAUCAAGAGACUGAGUUUAAGAACACAAAAGACAGGGAUAAACAUGAGAGGGAGAGAGAGAACAGGGAGAGGGAGAGGAGCGAGAGGGAUGGACAAAGUAUGCAGUUGGAGAAGCUAAACAGCAGGAGCACAGAGUACAGGGAGAAGGCAACAAGACAGAGCAGAGAGACAGAGAGAGCUUUACUGAAGGGCGACUCUGAGGAAAGCAUGUUCUACGACCGCUCUGUGGAUGAACUUUCAGGCCAUGAGUCUAGUUUAACAGAUGAAGGGAUUGUGACAGAGCCAGAAACAGGCCCCACUGACCCCUCUGAGAGGUCAUUCUUGGGGUCAGCAGGGGUUAAUUUGGGGUCACGAAUUGCUAGGGAUGUGCUAGGGCAAUCAGUUCUCCAUGAGGCAGAAGGGUUUAAGCAGGAGAGAGAAGAGGUGACAGAGAACAGCGUGAAUUGUACAAAUCGUCUGAAUGAAGUCGGCGUACCUCCCUCCCUGCCUCUUCCUGUCCGUAUGGCUGAGAGUGACAGUAUCAUCAUGGAGCUGAGCGGCACCGCUGGUAUCAACAAUGUUAACGCUACCACGGAGGAGAUGAACGCCAACAGCACCGCAGGAGGAGGAGGACUUGAAGCCCCUGCAACCCCAAGUGCUAUCCGCCGAAGGCGCAAGUUCUCCCCCUCUGGUAAUAACAGCACAGGAUCUGAUUCCAGUAAUGGCAGUAAUGCAGAGUCAACAAUAGCAGCUGCCGGAAAUGGGGAGUCCACAGUCUACCGCUCUCUUAGCGACCCCAUGCCUCAGCGGCGCUGCUCUGUGGCAGAAGAAGGGAAUAACAAUUUUUCCUCUGUAGACAGCAACCUGUUAGGAUCCCUGUCUGUCAAAGGAGGAGGAGGAGGAGGUGCAACAGACUCCAACAUGUCAGAAUACAAGGGCAGUGUUGCCAGUGACUUGUCAGUUUACAGUGAUGGCGGGCUCCGUGAUGAUGGUGUUUGUGACUACAGUGGCGUCAUCAGGAGCAUCGUAGCUGAACCAGGUGCAAUGGACAGAUUGAUGACGGAUGACCAUGGCAAUGGCAAAGCUCCCAAGAAGAAGUCAUUCAGUGACCCCAGUCGCCGCAGUGAUGCCCCUUUACUUUCCCAGCAUGACCCUAAGUUUAAAGGUCAGACCGGCAGCACUCAGCCAAUCAUUGAACUGGAUCAAUCUGGCCACAUCCCACCAUCCAGUAGUGAGCCAAUCCUGAGUGAGCAGAGAGAGGAACUGUGGGAGCCAGAAGUUAAGCCUAAACACUCAUUGCUGCCACAGCCACAUCUCCAUGCAGACAGCAGUAAUAAAGUCAAGAAGGCUCGUUCUCAGUCAGAAUGCACCCCCCACUCUGAUAACCACAAGGAUGAAGAAGAUGAUGUAAUAGACGAAGGUGGAGAAGAGAAAGAGGUGCAGAAGUUUAACUUUGACCUCAAGCUAGCUGGGGUUCUGUCCCCUAGAAUGGUUCGUCGGCCCUCCAGAAAGCGUCCCAACAGGCUGGCUCAGUUUUUCUCUCACGAGGAUCCAUUUGUGCCCAAAGAACUGGGCUCAGAGGAGCAGGAAGAUAACGGCGACCUCACCCCUCCUCUCCCGCCUCCCCUACUGCAAUCCAAAUCCAAAACCAGAUCCAAGCAUAUCCGCCAUGCCAGCGAACCUGCCACUUUUAUCCCCAUCUCCCCACCUCCCCACCUCCAGCCACUGAAGGAAGCGGACUGCCUCGCCGUCCAACCCACCGCAGAGCCUCCAACCUUAAGUAAGCCUCCAGGAGAUGAGGCCCCAUCUCUGGAAGACGUGACUCAGAAAUAUAUUCUGGAACUGAGCAAUGCUGAGAGGGACACUGAGGGCCCAGGGCCUCUUCCAGCAGCCAGGGAUGGAGCCGAAGGUUCAGUGUCGGCUUCAGAGGGGCCCAGCGAGACCAGCACCAGUGGAAUUACAGAAACUGGACCACAGAAGAAGAGCACAGAGGAAACUGUGUCCACGGCUAUGCCACCGAGGACCAAGCCCAGAGUGGACAUGAGGAAACAUGUAAUGAUGACCCUCUUGGACACAGAGCAGUCAUAUGUGGAGUCACUACGCACUCUCAUACAGGGCUACAUGCGUCCUCUCAAACAGCCAGACAGCGGCUCCAUAGUGGACCCUCUGCUGGUGGAUGAGAUGUUUUACCAGAUCCCGGAGAUCCUGGAGCACCACGAACACUUCCUGGACCAAGUCUCCGGCUGCGUCAGCCAGUGGCACGAUAGGCAGACCGUUGGACACAUCCUCAUCCAAUCAUUCUCCAAAGAGACUCUAGCUAAUAUGUAUUCAGCAUACAUCGACAACUUUCUUAACGCCAAAGAUGCUGUGAGGAUUGCCAAGGAGGCCAAACCAGCUUUUCACAAGUUUCUGGAGCAAAACAUGCGUGAGAACAAGGAGAAACAGGCUCUGGGUGAUCUGAUGAUUAAACCCGUCCAGAGGAUUCCUCGAUACGAGCUGCUGGUUAAGGACCUGCUCAAGCACACCUCAGAGGAUCACCCGGACCACUUGUACUUACUGGACGCUCAGAGGGACAUCAAGCGACUGGCCGAGAAGAUCAAUAAGGGCCGUCGCUCCGCUGAGGAGGCGGAGAGGGAGGCCAGGGUCAUUCAGGAGAUCGAGGCGCACAUAGAGGGAGUUGAACAUAUUCUGAACCCCCAGAGGAAGUUCUUGAGACAGGAAAUGGUCAUGGAGGCGAAGACAGUCGGUGGGAAGAAAGACCGAUCUCUGUUCCUCUUCAGUGAUCUGAUCAUCUGCACCACUCUCAAGAGGAAGUCUGGCUCAUUAAGACGCAGCUCCAUGAGCCUAUACUCUGCUGCGAGUGUGAUCGACACUUCCAGUAAAUACAAGUUUCUGUGGAAGCUUCCCCUAGAGGAUGUGGAGGUGGUGAAAAGCGCCACUCAGGCAACAAACAAGGAGAGCAUCCAGAAGAUGAUUAGUCGAUUAGACGAGGAUCUCAGCACUCUGGGUCAGAUCAGCAAACUGUCCGAGACCCUCAGCUUCCCACACCAGUCCCUCGACGAGGUAAUAAAGGAUCUGAUGGCGUCGGUGCACAGGGAGCUGUCAGAGAAGCAGUCUCUGGCCUUCAGCAUGACCUUUCUGCCCACGAAGCUGGAGUUUACCACAGCCUCUGCUGAGAGCAGCUUCGUCUUCGAGUUCACCUCGCCUGACACUCGUUCCAACUUUGAACAGGCCUUUGAAGAAGCCAAGAAAAAGCUAGCAAUGAAUAAGGACCAGUGGGAACCAGAGUUUCUGAAGGCCAUCCCCAUUAUGAAGACACGUAGUGGGAUGCAGUUUUCUUGUGCCUCUCCCAGCCACAGCUGUCCUGACAGUGGCUGUGAGGUGUGGGUGUGUAACAGUGAUGGAUACGUGGGACAGGUGUGUCUGUUGAAUAUCAAAGAUGAGCCCACAGUGGAGGCCUGCAUCGCUGUCUGCUCAGCCAGGAUCAUAUGUAUUGCUGCGGUACCAGGACUCAAGGGAAGGGAGCGUGGAUCAGAGCCCACCAACGCCCCUACCUCCGGAGCACCCGGUCACGCCCAGAAGCAGCUCCAUAUAUCUAUCUCUCAUUCCUCUCUGGAGCUGACGGAGCAACCUACAGGACCAGGAGCGGAGCUUGUUCCAUUUGACAGUGAUGACACCGAUGAUGAAGAUUCACCCAGCCCUUCCUCCACUCUACAGAGUCAGGCCAGUCACUCCACCAUAUCAUCCAACUAUGGCAACGACGAGGGUCCAGGCUCCAAGGACAUGGCUACAGAGACCACCAGCAGCGAGGAGGAGCAGGAGUUCCCGGUGGCAAGCUCCUAUGGACCUCCAGGAAUGUUGGGGGUUGGCGGCGGAGGAGGACGCGCCCACACAGACAGCCCCAUGGACGGCCGCGCCAUGCGCCGCUCCUCAAGGGGCUCGUUCACCAGGGCAAGCCUGGAGGAUCUACUCAGCAUCGACCCGGAGGCCUACCAGAGCUCAGUGUGGCUGGGCACUGAGGAUGGAUGCAUCCACGUGUACCAAUCCUCGGACAACAUCCGUAACCGUAAAAACAGCAUGAAGAUGCAACACUCAGCUUCCAUCCUCUGUAUACUAUAUUUGGACAACAAAGUGUUUGUGUCUUUGGCCAAUGGAGAGGUGAUUGUGUAUCAGAGAGAAGCCGGUAGUUUCUGGGACCCUCAGUCUUCGCAGACGUUAGUUCUGGGCACGCCCAGUAGCCCUGUCACCAAAAUGGUUCCUGUUGGAGGAAAGCUAUGGUGUGGCUCACAGAACAGAGUCCUUAUUAUCAACACAACUACACUGGUACAAGAGCACUGGUUCCAGGUGGGCACAGACAGCAGUCGGUGCGUGACUUGCAUGGUGGCGUAUGGUCAGGGUGUGUGGUUGGCGUUGCAGGGCAGUGCGCAGGUCAGACUAUACCACGCUCAGAGUCGGGAGAGCCUGACAGAGGUGGACGUGGCGCCUGCUGUGCAUAAGAUGCUUGCAGGUGCAGAUGCGAUCAUCAGACAGCACAAGGCCGCCUGUCUGAGAAUCACUGCAUUGUUGGCCUGUAAGGAUCUGCUGUGGAUUGGCACCAGUGCAGGGGUGGUCCUUACGCUGGCGAUCCCAGCGGUGAGCUCAGGAACUGGGGCAGGGACGGUGAAAUCUCCACUGGCGCCGAUGGGCUCAGCUCAUGGACACACGGGCCACGUUCGGUUCCUGACCUCAAUUGAACUUCCGGAAGGGUUUGACAUGAACUUCCCUCCUACAACUGAUUCCACAGGCAACCAAUCCCAGAGUGGCAGCACAGUUGACGGGAACCUCCAAAGGCGUGACUCAGCACGUCGCCGAGCCUCUGCCCACAUCCCUAUAAAAACCAACCAUCUAGUAAUUUCCGGCGGCGAUGGCUAUGAGGACUUCAGACUGACCAAUAGCAGUGAAACAGUCGGACGGGACGACAGUACCAACCAUCUUUUGCUUUGGAGGGUCUGAGACAAUCAACCUCAGUUUGAACUUCCUGCCCCAGCCUCCCACAAGCUGAGAAACGGCGCACAAGCUCCUGUCCUUUUCCCCCACCAGACUCCUCACUUUUUGGUGUUGUUGUUUUGGUCUUCUGCUCAGUCCACCAGUCUCUAUGUGCAUAAUAUGGCUGUCACCUCCCUCCCGGACUUACUAAUGAAUAUGAUCACUUCAAACCCAGUUUUCUUGUGUUAAUGUUACUGAUGGUGUGCGUUGUUCCCACUGGGUGGUGUCUGUGCAUGUGUAUUGUCUAGAAAAGUGUCUUUAAACUCAAGUCUUUACUGAAGGAGUCGGAGAAGGGAAAAAAGUAACUUUCACACGUGGAUGUUUAGACUGCAACAAGUGAAGAAAAGAAAGACAGAAGAGGACUUGGACUCUGUAGAAUGUCUUUGCACAGGAGGUUGAAAGAGGACAUUUAAGUGAACUGAGACAUAAGUGGAGCAUGUAGUUGUCCUUUGACAUUUUCUGUUUUCUUGGACUUGGACAUCAACCCUUUACUCCAUCAUCACUUCAUCUUAGCCUGAACUACAGACAAAAUGCCUCCUGAUGAUCAGAGGUAAAUGUCAUGUAAAAAUAUAUGAAUAUCUAUGGGUGGAAGCAUACCAUCACAGGCUUUAGUUUAAUGGAUACUCUAAAUUUGCUUUGAUUUCUGCGGCUAGCUUAGCAGAGAGGAUCAGCUGGUGUCCGUAGACUGAGACUGCUAAAAUCAUCUUUUCUCUUGUAGAGAGAGAGAGAGAGAAUAAGAGCAUCAUUUAAGUGCAAUAUGUGGCAAGGGUAUCUAACAAGACUAUAAACACAUGCACACAGUCACACACAUUAAUGCACAGCCUUCACUCACUGAAUCUGAAGACAUUUGUGAAAAACAUAACCGUGUGUUUUCCACAGAUAAUCACAUUAUAUCUGAUUGUCUUAUUUAAUUUUGUAUGCCAGUUUAAGAUGAUAUGAACGUAGAUGAUGCCCACUGUUGGAGUUGAAUAGAAGAAAAGUGCAUUGGAGACAUUCCUCCUUCACAUGACUAUGCCAAAGCCUUGUAUGUAUUAGAAUUUUUGACAUUAAUUUCUUUUGCCAUGAAACUUCUCUUUGUUGAGCGGAAAUCAGGAGCUGAUGUUUUUUCUAUUGAUUUCUAUAGCAGACUCUUUGAAGAUGACGCUAGGCUGUGGUUGCAGAUAACAAUAGUUAUGUACAGUAUUUAUGGUUUUGAUUUUUAGCGCCUUCUUUUACAGCACUUAAUUUAUAGAAUAUGUAGCUUUUUUCUUUUUGAGUUGAAGAACAAGGAGGACCCAGCUUGAUUACCAGAAUAGAUAAAUGGGCAUAAUUGGGUUAGGGGUGUAACGGUACAGUCCCCUCAUAGUUCGGCACGAUACACACUACAGGGUUCUUGUUUUGGAGUUGUAUGGCUCCAUAAAUGGCUCUAUAUGGCUCUGGAAAUAUAUUUUGUCUCUACUCAUCUAUUGGCUGUUUCAAAACGAUCCAUCAAUCCCAAAAUUCAUGUCACUCUGUAUCCAAACUCAGACACUCUGUCGCCUGUGUGGGUGCCAAAUGCUCAGAUUUGCUUAAUUUUUCAAUACUUUUUCAGCUCUGUGGUGCAUAUUAUGGCAUUUUUGUUCCAGGGAAUAUAGCGCUAAGAUGUAUUGUUACACCCCGAAUGCAUAAACACAGAUUUCAGUAUUGAUAGUUGGAGAACAAGAUGCAUGUGGUUUGUGAGACGAGUGCUCAAGAUACGGAGUAGGUCAGAAGGACAAACGCUGAGCGCCUGCACGUGCCUUCUGAAGGCUAAAAGUUAAGCCAUUAAACACACAUACACACAGUGAAAAGUCAGCUCUCUCUCAUCCUGCAGCAGAUGUCUGGGGAAGUGAAGGGUGACUCCGACUUGUCCUUGUACAUACACGUUAGCCUCAGGCUUUGGGGUUAAGCAGUGAUUGUCUUUUAUCCCUCCGAGCCUAGAAAACCUCAUUGCACUUUGCCAGCCAUCUGGGCACUUCACCUCAGAUUUCCCACUUCCCAAAUGCAUCCACAUUAGGUUAACUCUCCCGCUGUGAGAGCUGCUAAUAGUUAAGAGGAUUGGUUGGUUGUUGUGAUAGCUGCUAACUAGCUAGUAGGCUCAAGUGUAUAAAGUAUAAAGUAUACAAAGGAGCUUGUUUGUGAUUUUCUGCCUAGUUUAGCUCGUGGUAUCUUGUGAAGAACACAGAGGUCAGUUUGAGGGUUUUAGCAAACAUUACAGGACUAAGUGACAUUGUUGGAAAUAUUAAACUCAGUUUCUUGUCAAGAGUUCGGUGCCACUCUCAUGUCAGUAUGUUUAAUACAACCAGUUAGCUUAGCUGAGCAUAAAGAAUGGAAACAGGGGCGAAGAGCGAGUCUGGCUCUGUCCAAGGACCAAAACUGAAACUGUCUAGAUGCUCUAAAGCUCGCUAAUUAACACAUUAUAUUUUGUUUCUUUGUUUCAAAUGAGAUAUAAUGUGUUCAUUUGUGAGCUAAGUUACCUUGCUAGCUGUUUCCACUGUUUCUUAAUGCUAAGCUAAGCUAACCCAUCACUGGCUGUAGCUUCAUAUCUAAUGAACAGGCAUGAAAGUGGUUUUUAACUCUAAAAGUCAGUAAGAUUAUUUCACAAAAUGUUCAGUUAUUCCUUUAAUGUCCUCUAAUGUUAAGGUAGCAGAUAGUGUUUUUUUUUUUUAUGUUCUGUGUGAUUCACAACAAAAUUAAUAUUUGUGUUCUCAGUGCCAAGAGCUGCCAAGUUACCGGUACCCAAGUAAAUGCUGUAUAUCUAUGCUGGCUGUAGAGUAAUGGAGAACUCCCUGCAGAGCAGAGUUAGUAUAUUUUCUGUGAACAGUGAGAAAAGAGCUACAAACACUCUCCAAAAGAGCUGGUAUCAGCGCGUCUAAAAGGGUUACAGUCCUUCAAUGAUGGGUCCUAAGUUCACUGAGUUUUGGGCUUUAAACAGUUCAUGAUUCUGAAACCGAUACCAAGAAGAAGAACCAAGAACUUUAAAUUGAGCUCAUUCAGAAAGUUUGUAGAUUUUCUUGAAAAAUCUGAAAAGAAACAUUUGCCUUAAGAACAUACAGUACUGAAAUCCAGAAGUUGCAUUUUAGGUUUGAACCCAGUGACUCUCUUCAUUUUACAGACAUACAAGCAUGCACACGCCAACACAUCCUAGAAAUGAAGUAAAACUAAAGGUUUUGAGAGAAUAAAGCAUGUUGCCAGCUAAAGAAAUGGAAGAUUUAAACGUAAUGUUUUUCACCGUCACAUCAAACUCAUUCAAUCAUUACUGUAACUCUCAGAAACUUGUAAGUAUAACCUCCUCAUGCCCGUAUGUGAAAGAAGUCUUUAUUGUUGUAAAUAUUGGUAUAUAUUGCCUUUUUUCUGUAAAUAGUGCACCCACGGUCAUCAAUUGUUGAUAUGAAUCUAAUGGCAUAUUUUUAUAUAUUUGUGUAAGGUUUGUUUUUUGUUUAUAUUCUUCUCCCUUCCUCCCUGGCAUGCGUGGUCAGUGACGUUUAAAUUAUAACUGCCAUAUAUCUUUCCAGAAGAAGACAAGAUGGCCUCUGUUGUUACCAGAGCGACUCAAAGAUGAGAGUUUUGAUGUUCUCACUGGUAGCCGUGUUAGCUCCACAACGUAUGUUUUGCCCCGUUACGGACGUCGACGGGAAGGUAACACAAUGUGGCAGGUCUUGCGCUGCCGCCUGGUCAUAACUCUGUUUAUCUCUGGCUCUGGUUGGCAUCUCGCUGUUGUCAUGGUUACAGUCUAUCAGUUACUUCCUGUAUGUAGCUGUUCUUGUUUUUGUCACUGUGGGUUCCUCUUUGUAAUUAAAUCAGUUCACUGGU